AGAUCCAAGUCUAUCAGAGCCAGUUAUAAAGAGCCUGCUGAAAUUUUGGCCAAAAACCCAUAGUCCCAAGGAAGUAAUGUUUUUAAAUGAAUUAGAAGAGUUACUUGAUGUUAUUGAACCUGCUGAAUUUCAAAAAGUUAUGGUGCCGCUAUUUGGACAGAUUGCAAAGUGUGUCUCUUCACCACAUUUUCAAGUUGCUGAAAGAGCGCUCUACUAUUGGAAUAAUGAAUAUAUUAUGUCAUUAAUUGCGGACAACUCACAGGUUAUAUUACCAAUAAUGUUUCCGGCGCUAAAUCACAAUUCCAAAACACAUUGGAAUAAAACAAUACACGGACUGAUUUAUAAUGCUUUAAAGUUAUUUAUGGAAAUGAAUCAGCGAUUGUUUGAUGAAUGCAGUAAAAACUAUAGGCAGGAUAAACAAAUGGAGCACGAAAAACGGUCACAACGUGAUGAACUGUGGCAACAAGUUGAAAAUUUAGCUAAAAAUAAUCCAGAAUGGCCAAAAUUAUGCGGUCAAUUGGAUAAUUUAAGUAUUUCAAGUAGUCAAAAUGAGUUCGAUCAAUAUAACGAGAAUUGUGAUUUAACAUAUAAUAAAAUGGAACAAGAAACUAGACAGCAGCAAGCACCGCAGGAAGUAAGAGAGAAACGAGGGGAACGUAAUAAGGAUAAGCCGCUUUUGCGAAGAAAAUCAGAUUUGCCAGCUGAUUGUGGCACGGUUCGUGCACUCAUUGAGCACAAGAGACCAGAUGAGUUUCUAAAGACUACACCGGAUAUUAAUAAGUGUUAGAGAUGACAUUUCGUGGCAAGUUGUACUUAGCUGGCAAUGUUGAAAAAUUAUUCCGAUAGCAAACGCAGGCGUUAAACAUAAACAGAGUAUAUAAACAAAAAUAAUAUAUAAAGAAGUAUAUAGGCUUUAUAGGCUUUAUAUGUUGAAUACACACAUUGGUUUCAUAUAAUAUAUUGAACUUAAAUUUUACAAAAAGUAAAUCUACUGUUAAGUGCAGAAUAUUAACAACAAACUGUAUUACUCGUAAUAAAUUUCUUUAAAAAAUUCGAAGAAAUUAAAAAUUAUUUGCUUAUUUUAUGCUCAAAAUAAUACUUAAGUGAGCAAGUUUGUUUUUUUUUUCUUUUAAAUACUUUAUUUAGUUUAACAUAAUUUAAGUUAACAAUUGUUAAAGCAGCAUAAUAUUAUAAAAAAUUUUCUUUAAAUAUAUAACAAUUUUUUUCACGUAUAUGUAUAGAACAUAUUCUAAUCUAAUAUAUUUGAAUUAUUAUUAAAUUGAAGUCUUUAUGCAGUAUAAUUUUUAUUUGAAAGCAGAAUUAUACAAAUCGUAUAUAAGAAUAAUAUAGAAAUGAUUUAUCAACAGAAAUUUGAAAUACAGUUAACAUAGUUAAAUAUUUAAAUAUAUGUAUUUAUAUAUGUUUUUAUAAGUAAUGUAUAUCGUACAUCGUAUAUGUAAUGUAUACUAAAAUAACACAUAAAAAGCGAUUAUAAUAAAUAAAUUUAAUAAUAAAAAUUUAGUUAAACAUAUUUAUAACAUAAUUUAAAAAAAGGAUCAGCCAGGUUUAUGAUAUCUGAAGCGAUAAUUAGGAUGAGUGAACACCUCUAAUCAAUCAUGUUCGAGCUUCAUCUUUCACGCAAAAGGCUAAACAAACAGCCAGCUUAGAACGCAAUCCAAAGCAAAAUUAUUCUAAUAAAUAUAAGCUCUAAAAAAUUAGUUAAAUUAUUUUCAAUAUACAUAAUGUCAAAAUAUAUAUGCUAUGGUUUAAAAAAUUUAUGUGUAAAAUUACU